AUGCCGGCUAUGAGCUCCGAGGCGGAUGUGAUAUUUAACAGAGCUAACGUUGCUCUUGCGAGAAGCCAGAGACUGAUCGCAUCCUGGCUGCCUCCUAAAACGGCCGAUGAAACAGCCAAUGCAAAGUCUGAAGAAGAGCUACAGAAGGAGGAAGAUGAGAUAUUCACAGCAGUCCCAGAGAAACUGGGCCUGGGAGCUCCUAUUCCGCAGAAAGAAGCUGACGGCAGCAUCAAACGAACUGAACUCAGCUCUAAUGACAAGCUUCGGAAGCAGCUUUUAGGCAAAAACUUUCAAAAGGCCGAAGCAUCAAGGUUGAAAAACGCUAGCACCCGUACCAAACAGACCGGUCCGACUCCCAGUCAAAAAAACGAGUUAGUCGAGGAGAGUGAGGAGGAAGACGGCAGGUCAGCAUUGGGUAAAGGCAAGAAAGGGAAAAAUUCUAGUGACCAGUCGCCAGCUGCUUCAGGGGCAGAUCCUGGUGGGAAAAAGAGAGCCAGUAGUUAUUUGGAUGAGGUUCUGUCACGGAGAAAAUCGAAGAAAGGGAGAAUAUGA